AUGUUUCGCCGACGCAGGAGCACUUCGCAUCAUCAACUAACCAAUGCCUUCAAUCGCGACGAAAAGCCCCUUUCCUCCUCCGCGACGCAAUCUGCUCAGUCCGCUGCCUCCCAUGCCUUUCUCAACUCCCAACCCUCCUCGUCGAGUCUCUCCUCCGCCGCUGCGGCUGCUGCCUUGCGCAGCCUGACCCCCACGCCGACCCCGAUCGAAAAUGUCCAGACCAAGCGCAUGCUUCAGCGGCGGGCGUCCGUCAUCUCCCAGUCUUCUGGUCUUGCCGGCGCCCUGCGUUCCUCCAGUCAGAAUGGCCUCCGACGCGCUCGCAGCUCCAGUUCCAUGAGCAACCGCACCUUCCGGGAGCAAUCCCCCCAUCGUCCCGUCUCCAGCACUGGCCCGGUGACGCAUCCGCCGCUCCCGUCCAUCCCUCCGAUACAUGGCUCGAAUAACCUCCCCCGUCGGUCAGUCAGCGUCGGUCCGCCAUCCACACGUUUCACAUCGCCGGGGCGGCGACCGGCGUCAUCGGGGGGAAGGGGAGUGGGUGUCGACCUGGAUACUCGGUUGGCUACGGUGCCAGAGCUGCAGCGAGCGGGUAGUCGGAAUUCCAUCAACUUCUCUUAUCCCAUGAACUCGCGCCCGAAUUCCCCUAACUGGGACGCGGAUCGCCGCGAUGCUUCGACGGGUGUCUCCUUGGCCGGCCAGCUGGCCUCCGCCGACGCUCCCCGUCGUCAAGAAUCUGUUUCCUCCCAGCCGGCUAAUACCUCUGUGCGCAGGAAGACGCGCGCACCUGUCGACCAGGGAAGCCCCGGACGUGCGAUACUUCCCGUGGGCACCGCCAUGGCGGCGGCCCAGGCGGCGAUUGUGCCUCGAACUGAAGACUCGGUGCCGUCUUCGUCCCCAUCCUCCUCCCCUCGUGCCGCUGUACGAGGGUGCCUCAUGAGGGAGCCCGGGCCUUCCGCGGAAUACAAGCAUGGUCCUCGUUCAGGGCCAACAGACGAACCGGCUGAAUCCGGUGUCCGCGAGAAGGAGGUUAACCCUGUUCGAAACGGGAGAGUGACGCCUGAUGCUGCGCCGAUAUCGACGCCAACGCUGACUCCUGAUCGUACGAGGGAAGCCCCAUCCAGCUCUGUUGUGAGCUCGCCGGGGUCGCCGCCGUCGAACAAUCUCAGUCCGGACAUCAAGUCGUCCCCUCAGCGUCAGCCGAGUACUAGUCCUGGGAGAUCCACUCGCUUUUCGUCCCACGUCGCGAUCACAGGCCUUGCAAACGAACAAUUACACCAACCGCCACCGCGGUCCGUGUCUCCCGCCAAGUCUGCGAUGAAAAAUUCGAGGAAGAGCUCGCUCUCUCCCAAUGGGAGGACCGCGGCCACAACGGUACUGCGGCCGGGACCCCCACUCAGCGAGAUCUCCGAUGCCACUUCGGUGGGAUCAGACGACGUCGGCAAAUCGACCAUCCGCCGGAGACCGGUCAAGGUUAGUUUCGACGAUGAGGCGGAGGUGGUCGGAGUCGCAGCAAGUCCCCCGACAUCCCCGGAGGAUAUCGCUCCUGAGCCGUCGCUUCUCGGAAAGCCCCGAUCUCGGACGGGCUGGUUUGGUGUUGUGAAGCGGAAACCUGCUUCUUUCAAAGCGGACGAGCUGGAUGAGGUGCUAACGCCCCGUCCAGCUCUGCCUUCAUUUGGAAGCAUCCGGGGUCGGAAUGGACGGCCGCCGGACGUGUCUCAACACGAUUUCAGUGACAACGAGUCUACAACUUCGUCUGAGUCCAGUCCACUGUCGUUCUCGAAUGAUCGCGUUAUUGGCGGUAUACUAGCGAAUGCUCAAUCGAGAGAUGCUUCGUCGACCACGGGCCACACCACACCACCUGCAGCUGCAGCUCCAGCUGCGACGGAACGCGAAGCACAUGUGGUUGACUCGAGGAACGGGAUUCCUGCAGAUGCAGGCAUCGAAAAUAUCCGACGCGACCCCGGACCCCCACCAGAUGUGCAGCAGACGAAGCAACCUCAGGAUGCGGAACUGACAGUUCCCGGGAUUGCGGUCCAGCCUGCGACUCCCGAGCUCGAGCUGGGUAGAUCAAGUCUCGAAUGCACUGUACCAGGCGGAUUUCCGCGCUCAUCGUCGGAGUUUUUCCAUGGGCCUCGCAGACAGUCGGACGACAGCCAAAAUCAUAUUGCGAUUCAGCAAGAUUCCACGCCUGCAGUUGAUGGUACUGAAGCCGAUGACGAUUCUGGUGAGAGUAUCUAUAGUGAUGCAGAGGAGGGCUAUGAUGAAAAAAGGUUCGGCUCGAUAAAUGCUAUUGUCGAUGGUCGCUCGACGGCAGGACCGCACAAGACCACAGCACAAGAUGAUUCCAUCAACAGCAAACACGCCAUUGAAGAAAAAGAUAACUUGCCUAAAAUCCCAGAAGCAAGCCAAAUGGCUCCGCCAAUGUCUCCUCGACAUGAUGUUGUUACAGACAUCAUCGAAUCUCCACCGCAACCACUUCCGUUUCCGGCGACCAACCAACCCCCUUCGGCCCUUCGACCCUCUGCCAGGACAACCUCCACGGGGCAAAUUCCACGUUCAUCGACCGUUACGAACCUGGCCCGGCGUUCUGUCUCGGUGGAUACCUACGAAGGCCCUACAACAGCCGAUGCAACCUCCUUCGCUGCCACUGAUCUCGUGCAACCCGACUUUACGCACAGGACGUCCUUUUUGCGACAGAAACAGGGCAAAGAACAGGCGAAAAAAAGACCACUUUCGUUGGGCCCUACUCUCUUGAAAGGUGGAAAAGUCAGUCCGGAACCAAGUCUCAACGGAAAGACAUCCCACUUUCUUCAGCGGCGCUCGUCCAACGGAAGUGACUCCUCCAGCAGCUUCAAGCGAUCGCAUCGUCCACGCGCAGAAUCUCAGCAUACCAUGCGUCGCACCCUUCGCGCUGCCCCGCCUAGCGCCCCGGCUCAAGCAAACAGCUUGAAGCACGCACCAUCUGCAAGCCGGCCCCUGUCCUCCGGCUCGGGAACAGGCACACUGCGAUCGACUUUACGCACAGGCGAGCCACGGCGCGAGAAACCAUCUUUCUUUUCUACGGGAAAGGUGCAGAAAGCCAGGACAGGAGCUUUUACAUCACGAUUUGCCGACUCUGAUGACGAGACUGGCGAAAACCAUAGACCCUCACGUUGGCGAAGUCGGUAUGCGGAUUCGAGUGACGACGACCAAGAGCGUGUGGCACAGACUCUUCGGCCUGUCCGCGGCAUCCCACGUCGCCAGGGCACGCACGAUGGCGACUCGACGGAAUUGGAGGAUAGUUCAGACGACGAUCGCCGAACGCGCACCGCUACCACCCCUGCACUUUCAGCCAGGCGACGACUCUUGAAUAAACGCAGCGGCCUCAGCGACUACAAAACCGAUGCUACCGGUGUCCGCGACCCGGCGUUGGCGGCCGUGGCUAAAUCACGUGGCAUGACGGAAGACGAGUUGGAGGAGUUCAUGCAUCAACCCAGCACGAGCCGUCGACCCGGUCUGCUUGGACGGUUGAGCCGCCGCAAAUCGAAGCCCCGGCCGGGGCGGAGCUUGAGUAACAGCGCUGCCCCUCCGAGGAACGGCUCGGUUAACCCUGCAGCUCCCGUCUUGGACGGGCGCAACGGCCAUGGGGUCACGACCACGAUCACCGCUAACAACACCGAGACGUCAUCGCCGAAGCUGCUCAAAAAACGGACUGACAAGCCAGGCGGUGAGGACUGGCCACUGCCAUCGGGGCCGGAUGACAGAUCCGCACAAGUGCCAUCAUCCGCAUCUGCGAACAACCCGGUGUCGAACGGCGUGGAGCGGAACGGAACCACGGCGGUGGAGUCGGCCCCAGAAACAGCGGAGAAGCCCCAUGAUGAGUCUCAGAGGGCCACCGGAGAAGGUCGACACCUGGCCAGCAGCCGUUCGGCUGGGGUUCUCGACGUGGGGUUCGGACCCCCCCGAAAGAAACGAUUUCCUCGACUGCGAAGGGCGUUUGGCCUGCAAUGA